UUUCUGUUAUGGAGCAAAAACCCUCCAUUGUUGAGAAAUGGAAACCCUUCUUACUAGGAUUCUUACUCGGAUUCCUCGUCUUCGUCUUCUAUCUUGACAAAGUACAUCAAGAUAUAAAUUUUCUAGCUGCUAAAAAAGCUAUGGUAGAUUUAGUACCUUUUCAAUUACUAAAUAAUCCAUCUACUAGUGUUAUUAUAAAGCCUUUGAAACCAUCUACUUCCAUUGUUAAUCCAUCUACUAAUGUUACUAUAAAGCCUUUAAAAGCUUCUACUUCCAUUGCUGACAACAUUGAGAAAUCGACGAAAAAAGAAAGAAGGAAGUGCAAUAUGUUUGAGGGGAAAUGGGUCUAUAAGGCAGAGGAAGGUCCUCGCUACGAUUCAUUCAAAUGUCCAUUUAUUAACGAGAAGUUUAGCUGCCAAGCUAACGGGAGGCUUGAUUCUAAGUAUGAGAAGUGGAGAUGGGAAGCUCGAGAUUGUGAUAUACCAGUGUUUAAUGGAACCAAGAUGCUAGAAAGGCUGAGGAACAAGAGGAUGAUACUCGUAGGGGAUUCGCUGAAUCGAAAUAUGUGGGAGUCUCUUGCUUGCCUUCUCUUCACUUCAGAUCCUUCAUACAUAGCCAAAGCCGACGAACACCGACGCUACACAAACACCUGGAAAGCUAAGGAAUAUAACUUCACUCUAGAAUUUUAUUGGAGUGCAUUUUUGGUUGACAUUAACAAAAACCAUGAAAGUGGUAAAAAGGUACUAAUCCUUGACAAGCUUUCAGAAAAUUUUGAGAGGUGCAAAGGAGCAGAUAUUAUGGUAUUCAACUCAGGCCAUUGGUGGGAACCAAAAGGAAAAUCAAGAGCGUGGGAGGUGUUCGAGUACAAGGGAAAAUUGAAAAAGAAAAUGCCAAUUGAAUUAGCAUAUGAACGAGGCUUGAAAACGUGGGCAACAUGGAUAAAGAAAAACGUUGAUCCAAACAAAACAACUGUGUUCUUCAAUGGAUAUUCACCCGUGCACCGACUUAGAAAACAUGAUCAAUGGUGCUUUAAUAAAACACAGCCUAUAAGGGAUGAUUCCUUUGUGUCGGGCUUCCCAAAAUCCAUGGUAGACGCCGUUGAGGGAGUUAUAAAAGGGAUGAGUAAACCUCAAGUGAAAUACUUGAACACUACCAAGCUUUCGGAACAUCGAAUUGACGCUCAUCCAUCUUUGUACAUUACUAAAGAUGAGAAAAAUAGCAAUAGUUAUGCUGAUUGUAGUCAUUGGUGCCUUCCUGGUGUUCCAGAUACUUGGAAUAGGUUAUUAUAUGCUUCUCUUUUAUUUGAUAUAUUAGAAAAAAGUCCAAGCAACUAAAAAACAAUUUUAUUUCAA